AGAAACAUCUCCAUCAUCGCUCAUAUCGACCAUGGAAAGUCGACCCUCGCCGAUCGGCUACUACAGCUGACGGGCACUCUGCCCGCCUCGUCCAGCCCGCAAUUCCUCGACAAGCUCAAAGUCGAAAAAGAGCGGGGUAUCACCGUCAAGGCGCAGACGGUAUCGCUCAUACACACGCAUACGGACGGGGAGCGGUAUCUGAUCAAUUUGAUUGAUACCCCUGGACAUGUUGAUUUCAGCUAUGAGGUCAGCCGGAGUCUAGGCGCGUGCGAAGGGGCGCUGUUGCUCGUGGAUUGUACCCAGGGUAUCCAAGCUCAGACCUUAUCGGUCUUCCAUUAUGCUGAAGAAGCAAACCUUACCUUACUACCGGUCAUCAACAAGGUCGACCUACCACAUGCGAGCCCAAAGGAAACGUCCGAGCAAAUCGCCGCGACGCUCGGUCUGCCCAUGGGCAACCACGUACAUAUCAGCGCGAAGAGCGGUCUGGGCGUACCGCAGGUCCUGACAUCCAUCAUCGACGAGUUGCCGCCUCCACCUCCGUCGGAAGAGACGGACGGGCGAUUGCGAGGACUGGUCUUUGAUACAUUCUACGACCAUUUCCGCGGUGUCGUAUCCCUCGUACGGCUUUUCUCUGGGUCCAUACGGAAGGGUGACAAGGUCCGGUUCCUCCAAGCGGGCAAGAAAUACGAUGUGCUGGAGGUAGGGGUGCACAAUCCGGAGGAGGUACCGGUUGACGUCCUCUUGGAUGGUCAAGUAGGAUACGUCGUCUGCAAUAUGAAGAACUCAGAUGAGGCACACAUUGGAGAUACGAUCUGCCACGCAGACAAACUUGUCGAUGCCUUGCCCGGUUUCAAACCGAUGAAGGCUAUGGUCUACGCCGGCGUCUUCCCGGUCGACAGUGGCGAUUUUUCCAAAUUGGAAGAAGCAAUCGAGAGGCUGACCUUGAAUGAUCGCAGUGUGUCGAUACAACGUGAAUCAUCAGCAGCGUUGAGCCAGGGUUUCCGACUCGGCUUUUUGGGCACUCUGCACUUGGACGUCUUCCGACAACGCCUGGAAGACGAGUAUGAGUCGAACGUCAUCAUCACCUCGCCGACCGUACCCUUCAAGGUGGUGUAUAAAGACGGCCGAGAGGAGUUCAUCUCCAACCCCGCAGACUUUCCAGAUAUCACCGACCCCAAAGCUCGCGUGGCACACAUCGAGGAACCAAUGGUGGCCGCGACGAUCUUUGUCCCCAACGAGUACAUUGGCGAGAUGAUGACCCUCUGCGCCAAAUACCGAGGUAUUCAACAGGAAUACCGGAUCCUCGAAAACUCGUCCCGAGCUGUCUUGCGAUACACCCUCCCGCUCUCAGAGAUCGUCACCGACUUCUUCUCCGAGUUGAAGAGCGCAAGUUCGGGGUUUGCGAGCUUUGAUUAUGAGGAGGCAGGGUAUCAACGGUCGGAUCUCGUCAAGCUCAAUAUGAUGCUCAAUUCGAAACCGGUCGACGCGCUGGCUAUGGUCGUACAUCGGAAUGCGGCGGUCGCUAUCGGUCGAACGUGGACCAAGAAACUGCGCGAAGUACUACCUCGGCAAUUGUUCGAGCUCGCGAUCCAGGCGGCUAUUGGUACGAAGGUAGUCGCUCGAGAGAGUCUCUCGGCGAUGCGCAAAGACGUCACUGCUGGUCUUUACGGAGGGCACUACGAGCGGAAAAUGAAGCACCUCGAAAAGCAAAAGAAGGGCAAACAGCGCCUCAAGCGGCUUGCGGGGAACAUCGACGUUCCGCAGUCUGCCUUCUUUGAUGUUCUGUCAUCGCGCCCGCGAGGGUAUUCGACGUGUGCCGUGCGGCGGCCCGUCCUCCCCGCCGCUGACCUCGCCGCCUUCCUCCCGCCUCCUACGGACGAGUCAAUUUCGCUCUCAUCCACUCCCGCCCGCCAACUGGAUCCUAUUACACCGCACGAGCUCCCUCCCCAAAUCCGUUCCCAACAACUCUCCAAUCUCUUCGUUCUCGCUUCCAGCUCGACCGCCACCUCCACCGAGAUCUACUCGGCAUGGAGCAACCUCUACCUCUCCGCUCCCAAUACCCGCCUCUUCACCCCUCCGGAGCUCAUGACCAUCCUCCGCGGGAUGCACCGGGCGGACCACCGAGGCAAGCUCCGAGAUCCGCACGCCGCGGCACAGCGGUCCGGGAUAGUCAAGGAUGUUCUGGGGGAUAUCUCGCCCGGUGUGGUUGGCCGGGCUGCCCGCCAGAUCCUUGUGGCGGAGUUGCAAGCGGAGGCGUACAGGAAGACGGUCGGGGCAAAGACGUUGAAGGAGGCGGAACGCAAGGUGGCCGUGGCGUACCCGAAGGGCUUCCCGUCCGCUCCGUAUUGGAGGGACAAACUCGUCAUUAUCCACUUGAUCACCCAGAUCUUGGCGUUGGCUGCCAAAGUACCGGAUGGGGAUGCCUUCGAGCGAUGGAUGGAGAAGCGGGAGGCGGCAGGUGGGGAGCCGGACGGACAUAUCUUCACCCUGCGGCUCUUGCUUCUUGCAAACCAGAAGAAGCUCGACGCGUUGAUCGAGGCGUAUAACGACGGGACGCGACCAGCCAUGACCAAUACCGGACUCAUCUUUGGUGCCAACAAUCACCAGAUGGUCACUCUCAACCUCGUCCUCUGGCACCUCGCCAUCUCCGAGAAACACUGGGACGUCAUUGCCGGCGCAUACCAGCAACUCCUUUCCCACACGCACGAGCCCGAGCUCGCUGAUACCGACACCUCCUUCCUCUCCCCUUCCUCCCCUCCCUUGCUCGCUCUGCUCGUCCCCGCCCGCCUCCGUCCUUCGCGCGAUACCUACUCCAUCCUUAUCCGCAGCACGGCGUACCAAGGCGACCUCGCCGCUAGCCUCGAGGUCAUGCGGCAUAUGUUUGGGGACGGGUUCGCGCCGCACGUCCCGGAGUAUAUGGCGCUCUUUGAGGGGUUUGCGCGGUAUGGCGUCAUUUAUGAUGGUCCGCGCGGGAAAUUAUCGGCCAUGUUCCCCAAGUUC